UCAUGCUGCUGCCAGGUCCAGAGUCUCUCAUGGGUCCCUGUACGGCCUCCCAUUGCUGCUGUCUCCAUCGCCACACUCUGCCAUGUGCCACUUUCAGGUCUCCUCACACUCCUGCUGUUUUCCAUUUUGUCAUAGGUUGCUGGCAGAUUACAGGCCUCCCAUAGGUGCUGUCAGGCCCCAAAUCUGCCAUGGGCCCCCGUACCGCCUCGUCACGCUGCUGCUGGGUCCACAGUGUGACAUGGGUCCCUGUACCGCCUCCCAUUGCUCCCACUCUGCCAUGAGCCACUUUGAGGUCUCCUCACACUCCUGCUGGUUUCCAUUUUGU